AGGGAGGUUAAGAAGAUGGCCGACACUAUGUCUUACAAGUACAUGCGGUAUUUUGAAGUACUAGCAACCAAGAUGAUGUACUGCUACUGUGAUGAACACUGCCCAGAGACUACAAGAAACAACACAUGUUACCCUAGCCCUGGAGGAUGGUGCUUUGCUCAGAUACAAGCGGGAGAAGAUGGGGUGGAACAUGAAACGCCUAUCAGAUCUUAUGGUUGUUUAGCGCCAGAGGAAGAUGGUGGAUUGAUGCAAUGUAAAGGACAGCUCAGUAAUCAUAGGAUAUCCCGCACAGUAUAUUGCUGUAAUGAUGAACCAAAUUGUAAUCUCAAACUCAACCCAACCCUUCCCCCUACUACUACCUCAACAACUACAGAACUGCCUGGUGCAGAAGACACCUACAACACGACCGUCCACCAAAUAGCUCUUCUCAUCUCUGUCACAUUCUGUGCCGCAGCAUUCAUCAUUGCUCUUACAUUCUUCUACUUGAGGUAUAAGAAGAGAGAAGUGAGAAGACGAUAUGACUUUGAGGUAGCCCAGCAAGAUGACUCAUUCAUUGGACCGGGAGAGACGUUAUCAGAACUGUUAGAGAAAUCCAGCGCAUCUGGAAGCGGUUCUGGCCUUCCUUUGCUCGUCCAGCGUACCAUAGCAAAGCAAGUCCAGCUGAUUCGGAAGAUUGGUAAAGGACGCUUUGGUGAAGUAUGGAAAGCCAAAUGGAGAGGGGAGAAUGUAGCCGUCAAAAUCUAUUUCACUGCUGAGGAGGCCAGCUGGUUUAGGGAAACUGAGAUCUACCAAACAGUUCUUAUGAGGCAUACAAACAUAUUAAGUUUCAUUGCAGCAGACAUCAGAGGUAGCGGGGCGUACACCCAGCUUUUCCUCAUCACAGAAUACCAUGAAUGUGGCUCCCUCUACGACUUCCUAGGGGUGAACAUCCUGGACUCCCAGAGCAUGCUUCGAUUGGCGUACUCAGCGGCCAACGGGCUGGCCCACCUCCACACAGAGAUCUGUGGCAUGCAAGGCAAGCCCGCCAUCGCUCACAGGGAUAUGAAGUCCUCCAAUAUCAUGGUCCGGAAGAAUGGGACAUGUAUGAUCGCUGAUAUGUCGUUAGCUGCUCGUUUCCUCAGCGAGGGGAACGAGAUAGACCUUGGCCAGAACACAAGGGUAGGAACGACUCGCUACCUACCACCAGAGAUCUUGGACAAUGCCAUGAUGAGGAACUCAUUUGAUGCCUUUAAGAUGGCUGACAUGUAUUCCUUUGGUAUGGUGCUGUGGGAGAUUGCUAGGAGAUGUGUAACAAGAGGAAUUGUUGAGGAAUGUCAGCUGCCAUUCUAUGAUGCUGUACCAAUGGAUCCUAGUGUUGAGGAUAUGAGAAGAGUAGUAGUGAUAGAGAGAAGAAGACCUGACAUACCAAAUAGAUGGAGUGGUGAUGAUAUUCUACGGACGAUUUCAAAAGUGAUGUCAGAAUGCUGGAACCAAAACCCGGCAGCAAGGGUCACCUCACUUAGAGUCAAGAAGACGCUGGGAAAACUACAAGAAAAUGAAUUCAAAGUUUAGUGGUAGAUAGGCGUUAAACCUCCCAGAAGGAGAUUACAGACUCUGAUAUGUAUGGCAGAGAUCAACAUGUUCAAAGUUUAGUGUUAGAUAGACGUAAAAUCUCCAGGAAUGAAGUGAUUUACAGACUUGCAUAGACUCUGAUUAUUAUGGCAGAGAUCAACAUCUUCAAAGUUUACUGUUAGAGAGACGCAAGUAAGGAGUUCACAGAAUUGCACCAACACUUGUAUGUUUGGCAGAGAUCAACAUGUUCAAAGUUUAGUGUUAGAUAGAAGUAAAUUCCUGGAAGGAUUACAAAGAAUUGCUUAGAGUCUUAUGUGUGUGGCAGAGAUCAACAUGUUGAAAGGUUAGUGUUAGAGAGAUGUAGACUCACAGAGGAUGACACAGAAUAGCACCAACUCUUGUACGUUUGGCAGAGAUUGCACAUUCAAAGUUUAGUGUGUAGACUUCAAGUUCACAGAAUAGACUUUCUCAUGAGUGUGUGACACUUUCUGGUUGAACAGCUCCUUGGAUUUACAAGAAAUUUGCAUUUUGAAAAAUAGUAGUUGAGGAUAUUGAAAAACUGAGGGCCUAUAUGAUUUCAUGAUGCAUUUGGUGAAGCAGUAUUUGCAAUCGCCAAGCUCUGAAGAAGUAUUACACCAGGAAUGGAGGAUAAAUAUGCAAGUGUUGUAGAUAUCAUCUGCCAAAUGAAGAACAAGAGCCCAAGCACAUCUGUGACUGUCUGCAUACGGAAUCGGAAAUGGUAAACAACUUGUGGAAACCCUGCAAACUUGAACAGCUGUAACAUGAAGGUGUUGUGAAAGUCAAAGCAGCGACAGAUAAUAGAGAUGCUGGCGGAGAUCCAGGAUGGAGUCUAUGCACUUGCAUUCACAGAACAUUGAACAUUGCCACAGACACUGUGUGUUUCAUCUCAAAUGUUCUCACUAACUGCUCAACUACACUUGAUAUAAGAGCGAGACACACUUUACCGUUAUCAACCAAAAGCACUAAGUAAAACCAAAUUGUGACAGAUUUAUGCAGUACUUUAGUACUUCUUGUAAAUUGCUCAAAUCAUGAAAAGUACUUAUAACAGGGAUUUUUAAAUGUAGAUUUAUUUUAUGGAGGUUGGGAUAAAUUUAUGGUGUUUUGUUGGUUUAUGCUGUGAAAGAGCACAAGUGAAACUAUUGUUUGGAUCAGUACUCUUCACGCUUGCAUUGUAUUGGAGUGAAAUAGCCCAGGAAAUCAUUUCAAAAACAUAACAGAAGUGAAGAAACAGAGUUUAAAAAGCCAGUUUCACCUGCACUGUCCUGAUUUUCUAAAGAUUUCAACAAUUUUUUUUUGGAUUGCUUUGAUAAUAAUAAUAAUAAUAGCCAUUUGUAUAGCGCCAUCUAUCUAGAAAUGAUUUAUUCCGAGAAGCAUUGUUUAUAAUUAGUAUUACCCCGGCUUUAACUCGAGCUGCCUUUCAGCGCUCAGUGCAUUCAAGGAAUUCAUCCUGCCGGGUACCCAUUCACCUCACCUGGGUUGAGUGCAGCACAAUGUGGAUAAAUUUCUUGCUGAAGGAAAUUACGCCUUAAGAGGUUGUUGACAUUCAAGGAAGGUCUGACAGGUUUGUUUCCUUUAUGACAUCAUAAAUAGGUCGUCCAGUAUGUACGUACAUGGACAUCAAAGUUGUAAAUUUUGCACUCAAGUUCUGCACUCUCUUAACAGGUUGGCUUAGUGCUGCGGGCAACCAAGGUGAAACCCUCGCUGUCGUCUGAACACGCUGAAAAUAAAUGCGCCAAUAUUCAUUGAAGUCAAUGCCCUGUUCACGCUGUUAUGUUCUUGAAAGUACCCUGAUAUCAUUUCAGGAAGUGUGACAAAUAGUUGUUUUGUGGUCUAGGGCUGGUUCCUGAAAGUUAUAUUAGAAAAUUUGGAUCAAAACUCUGAUAAUUGUUACUGCAUGAUUGUGUAAGAAAGAAUGGAGGGUUAACUGAUUGCACUAUUAACAUUUUAGCUAUAGCUAAUUAGGUACUAAUGAAACCAAACUAUAGAGUAAAUAAAAGUACUUAAACCAAUAUUGUAUACUGUUCUUAAAUGACCAGUAACUUAAAAGCUAACUACUAGGAAAGUCUUAAAAACUUGUUUGAAUGAUUUGAUAUAAAAAGUGCCAAUUUUUUAUUACAUGUAUGAAAAUAUCUAUAUAUAUGAGCUGCAUGUACAUAUAUAUUGUAAACUAAUUCUGUACAGCUUGUAAACUCACACAACUCUCCCCAAACCCAAAGUAUGUUCCCACUUCUAGACUUUCAUGUUAUGUUACAGACACUCCUUUUGUCUUUUACCUCACUCAGUUCACCCAACUCUUAUCCAAAUUUUGUGAAACAUGAGUAAAUUGUGUGAUUUAUUUAUGAAUAUUGAAUAAUUUUCUUCAGGGUUUUUUUUUUCACUGUACUUGCAAACACUGCCUUUUGAAGAAUAAAAAUAAAAGGGACAGAAAAAAUCUUGUAUGAACAAAAAGAAUGAAUACUUUGAGUUCCAAUUUAAACUUCCACACAGAUCGAGCUUGAACCACAUGACACAAAGAUAUUGCUAUUGGUUUACAAUAUGAGCUAUCAACUCAAAUACUAAAAUGAUUAAGAGAAGUUGUUUCGAAACCUAGAUUAAUUUUCAACAUGAUCAUCUUCAGUUCACAAUUGGUAUUAAAAAAUGAAGUUUUUAAAAAUUAAAUGCAUCUAUUACUAAAUUGAAUUUUAAAAGAAAUAUACUUGGAAGAAAUAGAAGGAUGUCAUCCAAAUUUAAUUUUCAUCUUUAUGUAAAGUGUUAUUUGUGGUUUGGGUUUUAUUUGAUAAGAAUUAGAUAAUUUAUGUCUGCAGUCUUGAAUUGAAUUUUUAUUAAUAAAUCAAUUUCUAAUUCACCAAGUGUAUUAUCAAAAGUCCAUAACAUGAAAUGUGUAUUAUUAAAUAGGAUUACUGCACAAGUCAAAGCUUGAUAUUGUGUACACUAUCAAUACUGCAUUUGUUUGCAUUCAGUAUUUAUACAUUUGUUGUGUGGAUUUUUUUUAUCGAGAUGAAACAAUUGCCAAAUUAACAAGUAAUUAAGAUUUAAAAACAAAUGAUAUGUACAAGUUUAUGAAGAAAAUUAUGAUGUAAAGCAUUGUACAGUUUUUACUACAGAUUUCUAAUGUGUGUUGAAUGGUCUGAUUUGGGGUCUAUUUAAACUGUGUACAGAUCUGAAAAUAACUCUCCUAUCCUGUGUUUUGUCAAAAGAUUUUAGUUACCCGUACUAUAUGUGUGUAGAUAAAUAUUGUAUUAUGUGGUGUACAUUUUAUCCCUACUUGCUACUAAUGUUAUGUAGAUAUAUUACUAUUGACCAUGUAGUUAUCAAACAGACAGAAGAUAAAACAGUAUUUUUAUAUGCAAAUAUUACCCUUGUUAUUGUAUUAGGGGUUUGUUUAUAUGGGAAUAAAUAUACUCCAUGAUGAUUUGGGUUCAAUCUUAAAUUUUUGUGGAAAACAAAAUCAUUCAUAUACUUCACAAGUUAAAAGGAAAAAUUCCCUUUGUAAUGAACUAUCCACUUCUAAUUCGUUAUUGAUGUUAACUGGCAAAUAUAAUCUUUUCUGUUAUUAUCCCUAUCAUGACAGGUACUCUAUAUGUUGUUCAUCUGCUCUAUACUUUUAUGGGAGGGGGGGGUAGGGCUGACCGUAGGUCCAACAAUUGCAAGAAACUCAGAAAUGUAUUGUUGGCCACUAAACCUUCAUCACAUUUUAAAUAAAGACCAAUUGAGCAACACAACAGUCAAAAGUUUUUUUUGGGGGGGAGGGGGGUGUUGACAUUCAGUUCAGUUGGUGCCAUGGCAGAUAUCCUCUAGCAAAACAUACACACUUAUGGUCCAAAUCAUACAAUAAACAUUAAUUAGUAUAGUGCAGCUUUUAUAUGAAAAGAGUAAUAGGAACCUAUUGUCUAAUACUAUUGCAAGUUCUUCUAUAAUUGGAAUGUUAGGCAGGUUUUACCUGUGUAUUAAAGGCCCAAGUAAUAUAUUUAGGGGUGUGUUUUUUCUGUACAAAGAGGACUUUGAUGAUAUUUAUAUUUUCUCUACUUAUCAUUAUCACUUAUUUUCUCAUUAUGAGAGAAGAUUAUGGUUGUAUAUUACUUUUGUUGUAAAUAUAUAUGUAUUAUGAUUAUACUUCAGUAUAUGGAGAAACAGAAAGAAUCGUAAAGAUGUUAUCAUUUGAUUAACCCCAUAUUAGUGAAUUAAAUUAUAUUAUUUUACUCUCUUGUAUUUAAUAUAUCUUUUCUCCACGGAGUACAAAAAGAAAAUCUGUACGUUCAAUUGAUGCUCUCUUACUAUUUCUAUUUUCAUUUUCUGACAGAAAUAGUUUUAAUUAAUUAAUUUUUAUUAAGAUAAGCUAAUGACCCAAAUGUCCAAAGAUUUUUUGUGACUUCCAUAGUCUAAAACAAUGAUCUGCCUUCUUGUUGGAGUAUGAGUUUGUAAUGUUGAUGGUUUCUUAUGAACUACUACUAGUAAAUGCUUGACACUGGUGACCUGGGGAGGGGGGGGUGUUUCACAAAGAUUGAGUUUGACUUAAUGUCAUGCUUAGUGCUGAUAAACUCAUAAUAUUUAAUGCGCAAUCUUAAUUAUUAGUAUAAUACAAAGCGUGUCAUCUGAUCCUGAAUUGACUAAAGCAUGUUGAAUUUUAUACCUCAUGAAACUAUAAAUUACAUUAAGUGCAACUCUAAGUGACACCUCUUGUUCUUGUGCUUAGUGAGAUACCAGCCAAUUUUCCUUAUUAAAAAAAAUACUAAGUAGUCUAAACUGGGUGAAGAUUUUCAAUCUUACACAUGUCAGUUUUGAAGUUGCUUGUAAAUUCAAAAUACACCAAUUGAUCUUUUCAUGAUAGAAAUAAGUGUUUGAUUUAAUAAUUUAAUAGUGAUCUACUCAAUCACAACAUUGUCAUAUAUAUCUGAGAUUAAUUGCAAAUCAAUUCUUGCAACAGUCAAUAAUCUUUUUGAAACACUCCACUGAUAUGUUACCUUUGACUGAUAUAAGAUGUAAUAUGUAUGUAUGUUCUAUCACAAUGCAUUGUAGUUCUGAUAAUUUCAUUCAUUUGGUCAAGCACUUUUUCUUAAUAACUGGAAGGGCUACCCUGUUAAAAAGUUAAACAGGAGAUAUGUUGGGGAUCUUCAUAAAUUUCAUCAGACCUUAUCUUUUUAUAGAGAUAUAUAGACUACUUAAUGAAGAGAAUUAUUUGCUGGGGUGUAAAAAAAACCUCAUAUCUCAAAAAAUUAUUUUGUUUAUUCAAUAAUGAAAACGGCUCAGUAAACAUUUGAUUUUAGAGUUUUGACAUAAAUAGCAGCCCCUAUUUUUUUUUAGUUUCUAAGAUUUCUCCACAGGAAUCAUGAGACAUUUUGAGGCAUUCUCAGGCAAUAUAAGAUUGUCACCUUUGCCAUAAUACUAAAUAACAUCUUUUCAUAGCCGCCCUCAAACAAAUAACAUUUUGAGAUACACGGUUUUAACACCCUCUGCAACAAAAUUUCGAGGCAAACAUUGGGCAUGUUAUAUAUAUAAUUUCUUUGCCAAUAUGGCAACUACCAUGGUAACAGCAGGGCACAGCAGCCAAUCAAAAUCAAGGUUUCUAUGGAAGCUUUGACAAUGGUCAAGUUACGAUAGUUGUAUGUCUUUAUGAAACAGGCCCCUGCACGUCGGUAUGUUUGUAUUGUAAGUUCAUUCACCUGUAAUAGGUUUUUAUUAUGUUCUCCAAGAAAUUAGUGUAAACUAAGGACAUAUUGGAAGAGUAC